AUGGCUAACCUUUGCCCCGGUCUUCUCUGGUCCCUCCUCUGGUUCAUCGGCAUCAUCUUCGUCGCCUGGCCCAUAGCCUUCUUCCUGGCUUGGGUUUACAUCUUCCUCAUCCCCUUUGCGGCCUGCAUCACUCCUUUGAAGGGACUCUGCGAUGGAUUGCUGGGCCUCGUCCAACUUCCUCUCACCUUCGCUCAGAACAUGAUGGCCAUGAAGCCGUGCUGUGGUUGA